AUGAACGUUACGGAGUUCAUGGGGCUGGAUGAAGCUUCUCACCUUGCAAUACUCGGCAUUAUCUCCAUUCUGAUCAUCCUGAGUAAUAUCUUCUGUUUGAUUGUCCUUCAACGUGCCACAUCAGGCAUUAAGACAGCGACUCGUAUCUUCCUAGUCUCGUUGUCUCUUGCCGAUUUGGGAAUCGGUGUCUUGGCCAUUCCUUUUAAGAUGUUGAUUAUCGUUGUAGAGGAUGAAACUCUUCGUCAAAGACUGUGCGAAGCUGAUAUCUUCGUCCAUGGAACAUUCGUCUUGGCAUCGCUGGAGUCUGUCAUAGGAAUCACCAUUGAACGAUACUUGGCCAUCGAGUUACCAUUCUGGCACAGGUCCAACGUGACAACAAGACGAGUUUACAUAACCACGGCUUGGCUUUGGCUCACGAGUUUGGCUCCCGCAAUCUAUGGAGGGGUUAUCGCUGUAAACGGGGCUUUUUAUGUCGACGACCACGGCUGGUGUACUUACAACCCGGCCUUUGGUUCCACAUUUAUCAUCUGGAUUGAUAUCGUUAUUUACAUCGCGUUGCCUUUCGCCCUAAUCAGCUUCAUCUAUGUUCGGAUUGUGAUUCUUGUGAGACGCCAUCUUGCCCGCCGUGCUAAUAACGACAAGGGUAACAAUCUGUCCAUGGAAGACCGAAUCAGACGACGAUCCGUCAAGCUCCGUAAAGCAGCGAAUAUUGCCAGGAAUAGAAAAUCUCUGGACACGUUUCUUCUGGUUUUCUCCACCUUCAUGUUGAUUUACCUUCCAACUUGUGUCGUCUCUGUACUGGAACUAACAGGAACUCGUGUGCCUACAGUGAUAGUUGAUGUCUCACGAUUUUUAUUUUUCUGUAAUGGUUGGGUGAAUAAUGUGGUGUAUGCAAUGAGGCAUAAUAUUUUCAAAAACACUGCACAAUCGAUGGUUGAUGACUUGAGACGAUGCUGCUCAAAAAUUUAG